AUGCGGCUUCUCAUUAGUGAUGAUUUUAAAACGGUAGAAGAGAGACCCUUAGAAUCAAAUCCGGGAUGGUUCCGACGCAUGUUUCGAUCAAGCUCUCAACAAAAGCCACCAGCAGAAUCGGUUUUACGACAGCAAACUUCACGUAGACGACGUGGAUCAGAUCUUGCGUACGCUAUUCACAGCAAAAGAGAUGCACCACUACAAUUAGAUCUCAUCUCUAUGGUAAGAUUGAGUGGAAAAAGUCUUCUCCAUCUACCCAAUGAGUAUUCGCCAUGUGGAUUACAUCUGCCAACUUGUCUACGAGCGACUGCUCAGCAUCUAGCCCAGAACCCAGGGGUCAAUGGAUUAUUUCGAAUUCCUGGAUCGGUCAAGGCUGUCAAUGGACUAGUCGAAUACUACUGUCGCGUUGAUAAAGGUGGCACUGAGGUCACUGGAACUGUUCGAUACGCGUCGCUACCGGCGCACAUGCAAUGCUCAGUCCAUGAAGUGGCGUCAGCCUUUAAACGUCUGCUAUCGAUGCUGCCUGGUGGAAUACUGGGCUCACUUUCAGUCUUUGACGCAUUUAUUGCUAUUCAUUCACAACUUGGGACGAAUAUCGAGACUUCACGCACAAAGCAAACCAAGAUCAAGGCACGUCUGAUCGCCCUUGUUGUUGGCAGUGUGGAAUCACAAUACAGAAGGGAGCUAAUAUGCUCUGUUCUGGGGCUUCUUUGCAUGAUUGGACGCCAUGCAGAAACAGCCCCGAGGGAAGAUAUAGAGGGAAAGCCCCUUCCUACGAAUGACCUCAUGGGCUAUAGAGCGCUUGGAAUCAUCUUCGGACCUCUGCUGGUGGGAGAUUUACUGGACAAAUAUAGUACACAUCUUGCGACAUUGGAGUCCGGCCUAGUAGUACUACCAGCUAUAGCCAGCAGUAACUGGGCUGGAGGCGCUUCCAUGAACAAGAUUACCAUUGCCAAUGAGGUUGCAGAAAUGCUAAUAUCUUGUUGGAGAGACGUCGUUCGACAAAUGAAGGCCCUGGGAGUCCACCGACAUAGAUCUGGGGCAUCUGCACUAAAAGGGGGAAUAAGAAAUCAGUCAAGCCUUCAGCAUCUCGAUUAUCGCAACUCUGACGAAAGUGAAAUAAAUCUGGAAACAAAUCCAAAACUAAGCAAAGGAAAGAAUCUGGUAAUUAGUAGGAAACGACCACAACGACAGCCUGGGACGCAGCCCACAACUUCGGCACAAAGACAUGACAAUAAUCCACAUGAUACAAAUACAAAUGAUGAUGUCUUUUAUAUUAAAGGUGAGGAACUUUAUACCCCUAACAAAGUCAAAAGACUGGAUAGCAGGAGACGAAGACUUGAACGUUUGCAAGGAUACCACUUGGAAAGUUUAGAACCACAAACUCAGAUUGCCUAUGAACAAAGACACUCUGAGCGUAUUUCUUUAGGGAAUUCUCCUUCCAAGAUUUCUUCCAAAUUUCACACCUUAACGCACUACCAACCCGAGCCCAAUUCAACAACCAUUACUCGCAGCAAACCACGAGAACACCUACGGCCUAUUUCAAUCUCAGCAGGGAAGCGACGUCAUAUAGAGGACACAUUACCGGAACAUUCUCCAAACUCUGAAAGAAAACGGGAAGAAACGGGUAGCAAAAGGAGUUCGGUUCGUACUCUGGCCGCGAUGUUUGAAAAUCAGAAUUCGCCAUCCCCUGGCUCAAUCAACUACAACGACCGAUCUAUCCGACCUAGAAGGAGCGAAAUAUCUACCAUGAAGGCUUCCGGUCGAAUAAACACUAUUUCAGAGAAUACAAAUACGAAGGGUAAACUGUCUACGCCUCGUCAUUCGUCUAAGAUACCUGAACGUUCUCCGAUCCAAACACGUAGCGGAGGUGUUCGAAGCAGAAUACCAGUUACAAAGACCGUGCGACACGCAAUAAGUGAUAGUGGUCCGCUCUUUGACAAGAGGAGUCCAAAAAGCUAUGUCGAAUCCCCUGCGGAGAGCUCACGGAAAGCAGAAAUUCAUACAAAGCAACUCACACCAAGUUCAAAGAGAGCGAGUUGUGGCUGUCAAAGGAAUGUGGCAUCCCUCCAACACUCCAAAGAUGCAAAUAAGGGGAAGGCAAAAGAGAAGCAGCUGCCAUCUUCCAGAGAGCAUAAAGAAUCAAGGACUAAUAAGCUCCCGGAAGUAGCAGCUUUAUAUAUAAUCAUUGACCGUCUCUACGAAGUACUAAAGGAGACGAGUCGUGAGGCGGAUGGCCUGCGAACAAAGUUGAAGUCUCAAUCUGAGAUUCUAGAAGCCAGCCAACUCGAUUCAACACAAAGCGAUUCUACCUACGAGGAACUUCUUCAACUUCGAGCCGAGGUGUUUCGUUGGCGGCUAAAAGCUGAGACUGCGGAGAAGAAGUUGGCCGCAUUUGAACGAUUUGCCAACAAGGUGCAUCACAUUAAAGAAGUCGCAAUCAGCAGUGAGGGCUGCUGCGAUGACGAAUCUCAUAGUGAUGCUACUAUUACCCAGUCUUUGGUGACGCGAGGUGACGAAGAAACAUCAGUAAAUAGAGAGCAGGGCGGCGCCAAAGCACCAGCGAAAGGACGAUAUGACGGAGCUUCUAGCGACAAAGCCAUUUCUAUAACCACGUCUGUGGAAGAUUUGGGUUUAAUAUCAGAGGAGGAUUUGGACUCCAUUUACGGAGAUGUUGCAUCGCUCUGGCAAGCCGCUAGGACACUACUAGAAACGGGCGGCAUGCAGGAAUAG